AUGAGCCGCACCAAGUACGCCAUCACCAACGGCUGCGGACACAUCCGUUCGCUCACGUCCAGACACUGCGGCGAAAACCAUGACGACAACCCGGGCAGCACCACGGUCUGCUUCGAGGACACGAACGACUCCACUACCGAGACUGCCAGCGUGACGGUCGACGGGUUCUACCACACGACGCUGGGCAUGCUCGCCCACGAGAGGCCAAAUGGGAAGGAAGAAUUUUGCUCCAUCGUGGCGACGGCCGUAUCAGCUCAUCACCAUCAGAUCCGCGCGCACACCUACGCCUGUCUCUCUGAUGCUCAGUUUGACAAGAGCUGCAUGUUGGAAGUGAUGCAGACUGCAGCAGCUGGCACCGACGAUGACAGCGCGACCGCCACCACCACCACUACGCCGAGAUGCACGCAUGACGCUGGUUUAUUCCCGUUUGACGUGGUGGACGAAACCGCGAGUGCAGUGUUGCCAAGAACUUUUCUGUUUUGGGUAGGACAAUUACCGAAUUAG